AUGGUGUCUUUCCGGGAUUAUGAAAUGAACUUACUCUUUCUUCUGCUGGUAAAGUUUCACGGGUCAGAGGCUGCGGAUGUGCGUUUCAUCAAGGAACCUUCUAAUCCAAGCUACUUCAACAAUGGCAGUGAUGCCAACCUGGUGUGGGACUACACUGAUCCACAAAAUAAGAUUCAGUACAUUAUCUAUAGUGUUCUGGUAGAUGGUACAUUUGUCAGAAUGAUGGUUAAUGACAGUCGUGGUGUCCAAGAACAUCCUAAUAUUCCAAUUUCUUACAAAGGAAGAGUUAAAAUUGAAGGAAGAGCAACCCUGGUUAUCAAGAACAUCAACCCUGGAGACAAUACUGAAUUUAGAUGUAUGAUAUGGGGAGGAGGGAAAAUUGAAAAUACAGUUCAGCUUAUUGUGGCAGAGGCACCACUUAUAAACCUCUCUUCGGGAGUGAAAUAUUACACUGAAGGCUCCCCUGUCACCAUGGCCUGUAAAGCUUCUGGGAAACCACAGCCGGAUGUAGCAUGGAUUAGAAAUGGAGAACUGAAAAGUUCAGGGAAGGAAGCUGCGUUUUUAAAGUUUGAUAAUAUAAACAGAACGGAUGCAGGACAAUAUACAUGUCGAGCCAAUAACUCAGUGGAAGUCACUUCCAUUGACACAACAAUUGUAGUUUACUACCCGCCCACAAUUCAAAAUGUCACCACGUCAUCAAAGAAGUCUUGGAUUG